AUGAAGCCGCCGCCGCGGCGACGCGCCACCCCGGCGCGCUACGUGGAGGAGGCGACGGGGCCGCAGGCCUGGAGCCCGCACGAGAAGCGGCAGCUGCUGCAGCUGCUGCAGGCGCGGAGGGGACGGCCGGAGCCCGACGCGGCCGAGCUGGCCCGGGAGCUGCCGAGUCGCAGCGAGGAGGACAUCCACGACUUCGUGCGGAGGCUCAAGGCCCGCGCGCUCCGAGAGGCGGUGCAGAGGGCGCGUCGGGGUGACCCGCGGGGGCCUCGGAGCGAGGCGCAGACCCCGGCGCCCAUCGAGGUGUGGCUGGAUCUCACGGAGAAGAUCACAGGCCCGCUGGAGGGAGCGCUGACCACGGCCUUCUGCCAGGCACUCACCAUCGCCACCACGGAACCCACCAACCUCCUGCACUCCAAGCCCCCCAAACCCACGCAGGCCCGUGGGAAGCCAUUGCUGCUGAGUGUCCCCGGCCCCGAGGCAGCUGGUCCCACCGCGGGGGCUCCGGGCUGCGCCCCCAAAGUGCCUGACCCCGCCCCCAAAAUGACUGACCCCACCCCUAUAGUGCCUGACCCCGCCCCCAAAGUGACUGACCCUGCCCCUAUAGUGCCUGACCCCGCCCCCAAAGUGACUGACCCUGGCCCUAUAGUGCCUGACCCCGCCCCCAAAGUGACUGACCCUGGCCCUAUAGUGCCUGACCCCGUACCCAAAGUGACUGACCCCUCCCCUGAAGGAACUGACCCCACCCCCAAAGUCACUGGCCCCGCCCCCAGGGCAGCUGACCCACCCCUCAAGGUGCCUGACUCCACCCCUGGUGCACCUGGGCCGGCCCCUAUAGUGACUGACCCCGCCCCCGAUGCUCCUGACCCACCCCCUGAGGCAGUUGGCCCCGCCCCCGAGGUGCCUGGCCCCGCCCCUGAGGCAGUUGGCCCCGCCCCUGAGGCACCUGCCAAAUCCCCUGGCGGAGACUUCACGGUGGAUUUUGAGAAGAUCUACAAGUACCUGGCCUCCUCGUCCCGCGGCAGCCAGGGUCCUGAGCUCUCGGCUAGCGAAUCGGCCGUGGUCCUGAACUUGCUCAUGGCCCUGCCCGAGGAGCUGCUGCAGCUGCCCUGCACCGCGCUGGCCGAGCACAUGGCCCAGACGUAUGAGCACUUGACGGCCCCUGAGCGCAGCCCCGCCGCCGCCGAGGGGAGCCCCGAGGCCCCGGCCAGCCCCCGAGCCCCCGCAGAAGCUGGGCCCAGCGCUCCGAGGUCCCCCUGGCACACAGCUGGCAUCUGUCCACUCAACCCAUUUGCGGUGCCCUUGGAGCUGCUGGGCAGGGUGGCCAGCCCCACAGGGUGAGCAGCUG